UACAGUUUUUCUUGUCCCUCUUGCAUUGGAUUGAUUCGAUCAGAUACUGAAUAUCGCAACGUCAGAGAGCGAAGCCACUUGCGAGAACGGCAUCCAAAAACGAUUUUAUGCACGGGGUCUGGAAGAGGACGAUGGCCCAAAACACCACCAAAACUCCUUUGAAGCAGAUAGUGAUCCUCGGAGGAUCCUAUGGUGGCAUUUCCACUGCGCACUACCUCCUCAAACAUGUCGUCCCCCGCUUACCCGAGAAUGAAGCGUGCCAGGUCACCCUUAUCGGUGCAUCGUCGCAGGCCAUGUGUAGACCCGCCUGCCCUCGAGCACUCAUAUCAGACGAUAUGUUCCCGCAAAACAGACUAUUCGUUGGCAUCGCGGAGUUAUUCAAGCAGUACCCGAAAGGCAGUUUCCGCUUCGUUCAGGGAACAGCCAUGCAUCUAGACGAUACAAACCGAACCGUGGCCGUCACACUUUCAGACGGCGGCCCCAAGAUCUUCGUUUUCCACGCUCUCGUUAUCGCUACCGGGGCAUCUACGAAUUCUCCGCUACUCGGACUCCACGGUGAUGCUGGCUCCCUACGAGCCAGCUGGGCAGAGUUCCGCGACGCUCUCCCAGCUGCAAAGAGCAUCGUCGUAGUAGGCGGAGGCCCCACAGGUGUGGAAACCGCAGCUGAAUUGGGCGAAUAUCUGAACGGUCGGGCGGGUCUAUUCAGUUCGAAGUUAGCGAACCCCACGGUGCGCAUCACUCUUGUCACUUCUGGUCCACGCAUACUUUGGUACCUUCCGCCCUCCACCGCAGAAACUGCGGAGAAAUACCUCGCCGCAGUCGGCGUGAAUGUCAUCAAGAACGCUUGGGUCACGGCCAUAGAGCCUUCAGACGCCGGGGCCGUCAAAGUCUCGGCGAAGGCGAAGCUAGCCCUUGACGAUGGGACGACCCUUGACGCCGACCUUUAUAUUCCCGCGACUGGUACGACACCGAACACUAGCUUCGUCCAAAAAUCCCUCCAAACCCAAGACGGCCGCGUCAACACCAACCCCUCCACCCUCCGCAUCGACAAAUCCGGUCCCCGCAUCUAUGCCAUCGGCGAUGCAUCCUCCGCUGCGCGCCCUGCCAUCCAUCUCAUCUUCCCUGCCGUCCCUGUCCUCUGCGCCAACAUCAAGCGAGACCUUCUCCUCGCCGCUGGCGUGGACGAGAGCUCCAUCGGUGAAGAUAGGAUAUUCAAGGAGGAUACUCGCGAGACGCAGCUGGUGCCGGUUGGCAGGAGCAAGGGGGUAGGGGCGGCAAUGGGGUAUCGGUUGCUUAGCUUUUUGGUGUGGGCGAUCAAAGGACGGGACUACUGGCUCUGGACGACUGGAGCACUUUGGAGUGGAAGACAGUGGGCGAAAGAAUCGUGAUUCCGAAGUAUCGAAGCCAUCCGGGAUGGGUGGUAUUGAAGGUCCCCGAUAUAGAUCUAGUUGUUUGAAUAGCUUAUCCCUUCGUUAUGUUUAGUAUUCCCUUACCUCAAGACAGAGAGGCGUCAUGCACUCCGUAUAUAAAUUCUAUCAAAUCACCUACUCAACCCGUCAGCGGCUUUAUUAUCUGAUGCAGGCGAAGGUUGCACUGUCGCAAGAUCAGCCUUCAGUUUCGUAUUCUUGCAGACACUCCUACUAUGUACUCGAAAGAGGCACGACCAGGAGGGUGAUCAAAGACAUGACUCAGUUAAUUUAGUGCAAUGAAGCAGGA